ACAGCGGACCCGGGCAGACUGCAGACUGUGCGUGUACCUGUGCAUUCAUCCAGCGACGCGACCCGUUCACGCUGCGUGUGCAUCCACGGAGAGGCAUAAUAUCAGAGGAGCUGAGCGACCCCGGAGCAACAAGGUCAAAUCCUCCGGUUGUUCCCCCCCCCCUCGUUGUCGCGAAGGUGCAUUACAGCCACCACAACAACGCGGUGCGUGUGAGCAUGAUGAGCGGCUGAGGAGGAGGAGGCUGCUGCGGUCUGAAACCAGAUUUGAUCCUGGAUAUUUCGACACAGACGUCGUGCCGUUCGCUUACACGGGCUGUGUUUGUGUUUGAUAUGAUAUCGUGUGCUCCUCGCCGCCUCUUCCCAUCCCGUUCUUGAAGGGGGGGGUGGUGUCUCACCCGUUCUCUGCCUCCCGAGGAUCCUCCGGCAGCGGGACGUUGAGCGUUUUUUCUUCCAGCUAUGGAGCGUGAAGAUGCGGAUUACAGAGGAAUCCCCGCCGCUGCUGUAGCCGCAUUGUACACACAUUCGACACGGCGCAGUUUUCGGCAGGAACAAGCAGAACUAUGAAUACGCAUUUUCAGCCUAGAGGAAUAAAUCGGUGAUUAUUUUCUGGAGCACGGUUGGACUCCUCAUUAGGAAGCGUGAGAGAGAGAGAGAGAGCUAUCCCUGCUAGCCUGUGUGUAGUAACGUUAGCUUUUAGCUCCUUUAGCCGGCUAACUGCUAAAAGGUGCUGGCUGGGGGAUUGAAAAGCGAUUUAAUAAUUCCGGCCAGGCUUUGCCGAGCCUUUCCCCCCCUCAACAUAUUUAUUUACAGGGUCUGGGGGGAUUCACUUAUUCCAGGAAUGAGGUCUCGAACAGAAAGGAACCGCUUGACCUUGUUUUGGGGUCUGAUGCUGGGUCUGUCGUCCUGCCUCCGGCCCGCCACCGCAGAGAUCUGUGGUCCCAGCAUCGACAUUGGCAAUGAUAUCAGGGAAUUCAGUCGUUUAGAGAACUGCACAGUGGUGGAGGGCUACUUGCAGAUCCUCCUCAUCGGGGACAAAAACAACAAUAAUAUCAACCUGGAAGACUUCCGCUCCCUCAGCUUCCCCAAGUUGACCAUGAUCACUGACUACCUGCUGCUAUUCCGGGUGUCUGGCCUGGACAGUCUGAGUGCGCUCUUUCCCAACCUUGCAGUCAUCCGAGGACGUAACCUGUUCUACAACUACGCCCUCGUAAUAUUUGAGAUGACCAGCCUGAAGGACAUCGGCCUGUACAACCUGCGUAACAUCACCCGUGGUGCCAUCCGCAUUGAGAAGAACCCUGAGCUGUGCUACCUAGACUCUAUAGACUGGUCGCUCAUCAUGGACGCAGAGUUCAACAAUUACAUUGCCGGGAACAAGCAAUCCAAAGAGUGCAGCGAUGUUUGUCCAGGCAUCAUGGAGAACAGCCCGCAGUGCAAAAAGACCAUGUUCAACAACAACUACAACUACCGCUGCUGGAAUUCCAAUCACUGCCAGAAAGAAUGCCCCGAGAAGUGUGUGCGGCGAGCGUGUACAGCGGACGGCGAGUGCUGCCACCCUCAGUGUCUAGGCAGCUGCACGGCCCCCUAUAGCGACACAGCAUGUGCCGCAUGCAUGCAUUACUACCACCAAGGGCGCUGUGUGGCCGACUGCCCUCCCGGCACCUACAAGUUCGAGGGCUGGCGCUGCAUCAGCGCCGAGCUCUGCUCCAAAGUCCACCUCCCAGAGUUCGACAGCUUCAUCAUCCACAGUGGAGAGUGCAUGCCCGAAUGCCCAUCUGGGUACACGCGCACUACACCCAACAGUAUGAACUGUACAGCCUGUGAUGGUCUGUGUGAUAAAGUGUGUGAGGAGAAGGUCAUUGACUCCAUGGACGCUGCUCAGUCUCUCAAAGGCUGCACUGUUAUUAAAGGCAACCUGCAUAUCAACAUCCGCCGAGGCCACAACAUGGUGGCAGAGCUGGAGAGUUUUACUGGUUUAAUUCAGAGGGUGACGGGAUAUGUGCGGAUCAGACACUCUCACACUCUGAGCUCCCUGGCCUUCCUCCGCAGCCUCAGAUACAUCGACGGAGAAGACCUUCUGGAUGACAUGUACGCCUUCUCAGCGUUUGACAACCAGCAGCUCCAGUAUCUUUGGGACUGGAAACAGCACAAUCUCACUAUCAAAACAGGGAAGCUGUUCUUCAGAGCCAACCCGAAGCUGUGCAGGUCUGAGAUCCGCAACAUGUGGGACAAAACGGGUAUCCAGGGCCGCUUUGAUGAGGGCGAUUUCCGAUACAACGGCGACCGAGCCAGCUGUGAAAGCACUAUCCUGAAUUUUAAGUCCAACACCACCAGCAGCACGCGGAUCAAACUGACCUGGCAGCGGUACAGGCCUCCUGACUACAGGGACCUCAUCAGCUUUAUUGUCUACUACAAGGAGGCGCCUUUCCAGAACAUCACAGAGUUUGAGGGGCAGGACGGCUGUGGCUCCAACAGCUGGAACAUGGUGGACGUGGAGCUGAGGCUGGACAAGGACUCAGACCCUGGCGUUCUGCUGUCUGCUCUGAAACCCUGGACACAGUAUGCCAUCUUCGUCAAGGCUAUCAUGCUUAAGGUGGAGGAUAAACAUAUGCCGACUGCCAAGAGCAAGGUGGUCUACAUCCGCACAAGCCCCUCAGUGCCCUCCAUGCCUCAGGAUGUGCGAGCAUACUCUAACUCCACGACGCAGCUGGUAGUGCGUUGGUCUCCCCCCGUCGCACCAAAUGGAAACCAGACUUAUUACCUGGUGAGAUGGCAGCAACAAGCCGAAGACAGGGAGCUGUACCAGCACAACUACUGCUCUAAAGAGCUGAAGAUUCCCAUAAGGAUUGCUGCCAUAGGUGUGGGAGACCAGGAAGAGGACACCAAGCCCACUAAACCGGAUCCUGAGGGGGGAGACAAAGGUCCCUGUUGCCCCUGCCCCAAGUCAGUGGAGGACCUGGAGGCGGAAGCUGCUGACGCAUCCUACCGAAAGGUCUUUGAAAACUUCCUGCACAACUCAAUUUUUACACCGAGGCCUCCAGAUCGUCGCCGCAGAGAUCUCUUUGGCAUCGCCAACUCCACUCACUCCCGCCGCAACCGCCUGCACACCAACAGCAGCAAUGUCCCUCCUCACCAAGCCGCUGGUAACAGCAGCAACCUGGCUGACGUGGAGCCAGCGGACAGAGAGUUUGAGUUCAUGGAGCAAGCUGUGACGGAGCGCGAGCUGCAGAUCUCUGGCCUGCAGCCGUUCACUGUGUACCGCAUUGACAUUCACGCCUGCAAUCGACAGGUCCAGCGUUGCAGCGCAGCAGAGUUUGUCUUCUCCAGAACCAAGCCUGCAGAAAAGGCUGACGACAUUCCGGGCCAGGUGACCGUGGAGGGCCAUGAGGACUGGGUGUUUCUGCGCUGGCCAGAGCCACCUCACCCCAAUGGACUCAUCCUCAUGUAUGAGAUCAAGUUUAAACUGGCUUCUGAGACUGAGAAACACGAGUGUGUCUCUGGUCAGAUGUAUCAGGCCCAGCGUGGGGUUCGGCUUUCCAACCUCAGUCCAGGAAACUACUCAGUCAGAGUGAGAGCCACGUCGUUGGCUGGCAACGGCUCCUGGACACACAUUGUGGAUCUCUAUGUAGCUGAACGAUAUGAAAACGUCCUCUAUGCUAUGAUCUUUAUUCCCAUCGCCAUCAUCCUCUUCAUCUGCCUGCUGGUCACAAUGCUGGUGGCCUUCAACAAGAAAAGGAAUAGCGACCGUCUUGGAAAUGGAGUCCUGUAUGCCUCGGUCAAUCCAGAGUACUUCAGUGCUGCGGAAAUGUAUGUACCAGAUGAGUGGGAGGUUGCGCGGGAGAAGAUCGUCCUGAGUCGAGAGCUUGGCCAGGGCUCGUUUGGCAUGGUGUACGAAGGCUUGGCGAAGGGCGUGGUGAAAGAUGAGCCAGAGACACGAGUCGCCAUCAAAACUGUCAACGAGUCCGCCAGCAUGAGGGAGAGAAUAGAGUUUCUCAAUGAAGCCUCCGUCAUGAAGGAGUUCAACUGUCACCAUGUGGUUCGUCUCCUGGGAGUGGUCUCUCAGGGUCAGCCCACUCUGGUCAUCAUGGAGCUGAUGACACGAGGAGACCUAAAGAGUUACUUACGCUCCCUCCGACCUAAAGAGCAGCAGUGGUCGAGCCUGUCCCUCCCUCCGCUGAAGAAGAUGCUUCAGAUGGCAGGGCAGAUCGCUGAUGGCAUGGCGUACCUUAACGCCAACAAGUUUGUCCACAGAGAUCUGGCAGCCAGGAACUGCAUGGUGGCAGAGGACUUCAUCGUUAAGAUUGGAGAUUUUGGCAUGACCAGAGACAUAUAUGAGACAGAUUACUACCGCAAAGGUGGUAAGGGUCUGCUCCCUGUCCGCUGGAUGUCACCAGAGUCUCUGAAGGAUGGAGUCUUUACUACUAACUCUGAUGUUUGGUCGUUUGGGGUUGUACUGUGGGAGAUUUCCACUCUGGCUGAGCAGCCGUACCAGGGUCUGUCCAAUGAGCAGGUGCUCCGCUUUGUCAUGGAGGGAGGACUGCUGGAGAAACCACAAAACUGUCCUGACAUGCUGUUCGAACUGAUGCGAAUGUGUUGGCAGUACAAUCCUAAAAUGCGUCCAUCCUUUGUGGAGAUCAUCAGCAGCCUCAAGGAUGAACUGGAGGUGUCUUUCAAAGAGGUUAGUUUUUUCUACAGUGCUGACAACAAGCCGAGCGAGGAGCAGCAGGUCCACCUGGACAAAAUGGACAACAUUGAAGAUGUUCCUGUGGACCAACCUUCAUCCACACAGCCACAGCAAGCCCUAGUCCCCCAACAGACCCCGCCCUCCCCAAGCUCAGAGGCUCCACCUGCCCCCUCACUGAGCCCCAGCUCCCCUUCCUCUCCCUGUACAUCAACCGCUGCCAUGGACAAGCAGGCGUCAGGCCAGCAGGCGGCCAACGGGCUGUCGGGUCCGAGCCUUGCAGCAGGGUCGGGGCUCGGAACAGGCGCGGGCGGCACAAUGCGGCCGUCUCUGGAGGAACUGCCGCCGUAUGCACACAUGAACGGUGGACGCAAAAACGAACGGGCCAUGCCCCUCCCGCAGUCGUCUGCCUGCUGAUGGAAUAGAGACACCCACCAGACGGCAAACCCUCCCACCUGCUGCUCUGCGGAACCUGAUGUCACAGUGGGUGUGAUGUUUUUUUUUUUUUAUAGUAUAGAUAAAACAGCAAAACCAUCCCUACUAUCUGGGUGUGGCUACUCAGAGAGGAGCAAAGACUCACAGGAAGUCAGAAGAAACUGUUGUUUCUGUUACUGUUAGUUCAUGCUCUGCUGUAACUCCAUACACUCUUUUCAUAUUAUUCUACUUGUGGUUUCUACCAGCUGGCUGUCAGAUGUGACACUGCCCUCGCUGCUGAGUGGAAAGACCAAAAAAAGAAAAAAAAACGGUAAAAGACAGGAAAAUAUAAAAAUCUAUGGGGGAGAUCUCUCUGUCUCUCUCUCUUUAUGGAUGAUCUUAUUUUAUAAAUCGUUGUUUGCUACUUUUUAUAUAUAUUUCCAAAUGGGAAGACAAAAUGUAUAGGCCUUUAUAAACGACUGGUGGUUUGAUCGCUUUUGGGCGGGCAUUAUAGUGAAACUGUAAAGCAUAUCAAAUGAAGAGGUCAGCGUCUCCAUUGGUCGUUCAGUAGACGUGUUGCCACAUGGUGGGUCUCAGCGUAAUGCCAGGUCGACAGCCAUUCUGCUGAAUCUUGAACAACCAGGGGAAGAAAAUUCAAAUCUGCCAAAUUUGUUGCCAAAAUUGUACUUUUUGUCAAACGAUCUCCUCUGCAGUCUUGCCCUGUAACACACCGGAUUGAAAAUGGAAGCAAAACAAAAGCACUUGGAUCUGCUACUACACUGUUAGUACAUUUUUAAUGAAACACACUCCUCUACAAUCCUAUACCACUCCUCUAUUUCUGUUUGAUAUACACACAUACUGUACUAUAUCAGAGUCAUAGACAUAGGUUACAAUCAAUUCAUCUGAAAUUGAGCCACAUCCUGUCACAAAGUGCUGUUCCGUUACAGUUUAACUGCCAAUUCCAGUCGAUAAAGAGGCAAAAACAAAAAGAGGUGAGAACUGCAAAGGGAAUGAAGCAUAAAGAAGAAGAUAAAUAUGAACACUAGAUCUAUAAAGUCUCUCACUUUGCGUUAGCUCCUUGUUCAGAGGCGCCCUUGCUGUAUACAAACAGGUAUUUUUUUAGACUAGCCAUUAGUCUCCAACAUUUACAACAUCUCUACAUGGGCAGAGCAUAUAUGUACACACCAGUUGUUUGUGUCACUUUUCUAACUUUUGUAUGGUUGGAGACAUUUAUCAUGUACAGAACGAAGCUGCUAUUCCUUGUUUCUCUUGUGGUUGUAAUAUAGUUAAUAUCUAUAUAUAAAAAGAGAACUCCUUCAGGUUGGAUCUACGAACGUUUCCAGUACAGUCCAUUUUUUAAUGCUUGUAACUGUAUAAAGUGUAUCUGACCUAGUUUCAUUUCUGUGUUUGCGUAAAAAAGGUAUGACAAUUGAAAUUGUGUGUUUUCAAAACACCUGUAAUGUCCCCUCCCAUCUGACGAUAGGACUGCGAUGGUGCCAGUGACCAUCAAAGUUCUCAUGUUCCCCACGGGACACAUUCGACCUCGGUCCUCUAAGGUUCGGAUUAGACCACCUCUACCCAUCAUCAAACUCAGAGGUCAAUCUUCACUGCUGAGUCCCAACUAAAUCUCAGGUCAAAGAGAAAAGUGAAAUCCUUUUCUACGUUCUUUUUUGUGCUGUCAUACCCAGAGACAUCCUGUCCGGUGUGUGUCUCAUUCUAUGUCCCUCUAACUCUGUUUUUGCAUUUUCUCUCAUCAUUAGACAACAGCAAUGUUUCUUUACAUCAGUCUGACACCAGAAUGGGUUUUUCCAGUUUUCAAUGGGUCCUUGCACUUAUUAUAUGGAGCCCCAAUAUUUAGACUCAUUGGCUACAAAAAUGUAGUCAAUGAGUCUAAAUACAAUAUGUUAAUAAAUUAUAGGCCUACUGUUGGUUAAAUAAUCGAAACGGAUCAAAAAAAAUGUUUGUUUUUUUACUUUUGUUUUAAUGUCCUGUCAUUAACAAGAAACGUUUCUAUUUGUUUUAUAGUUGCCCACUCAGUGGUUAAAAUGAAUUAAAACUUAAUUUACUUCAACUUCUUUUUUACACAAGCUCAUAUUAUUUUUCAACUCCUUAGUUUUCCUUUUUCGUGGUCUCACUAUAAAAUGUAUUCUUUAUAUGCCCCUCGUUUUUCUCCUGCAAUGUUUUUGACACUAAAGCAUUUUAGCCAACACACAAGCAUCAACAGAGUUAGCAAGCUAAUGCUACUCAAGCUUUUCUAUUUCACUUUGUUUAUUUCAAUACAUGAGUCAUUAAAUGACAAACAAAAUUGAUGAGGACAAGAAAUACAAAUUUAAAGAUGUAAACUUAUUAUGAAAACAAUAGCAUGAUGUCUCUUAGCUAGUGUGAGCUAGCUAAUAUGGCACAUUUAGCUGCAGCUGGUUUGCUAGCUGAUAGCGGCUCUUUGUGUUUAGCUAGCAGUAAUUUUAGGGAAGCUAGACAGAUGCUACACACACAUAGAAAUGCUGGACUAUGUUACACAUGGACACAGCGGUGUUGGCAUCAUAUCAGCACUGUAUAGUCAUGUGAAUAUAGAUGAUUAAAUGUGCGCCAACUUAAAGGAAAACUGACAUACUGGAGAAUAAAAUGAGCGAGUGAAAGAUAAACAGAGUGAACUGAAUUACACUGAGUAAAGAUUAGUAUUUUACUUUUAGUUUAGAUAACAGUAUUAUUGAUGAGUUCACCGGUUCUGAUAAUAUUUCAUUCAUUUUUUUGUACGUUUCAGGCUUCGUUAAAUUUGCUUCAAGGAUCAAAGUCAAUUCAAAAUCAAAUUGAUUCCGUUCAGCGGCAGGUGUGAACAUCUUAUUUUUCUGAAGGCAAGUGCAAGAAAAAACAAGCCCUGUCUGUUUGGAUAAUUUCACUUCCUGCUAAUCAAUGUUUCUCUUGAAUCAAGGGUGCUGCUGGAGUAAUCCAUAUUAUUUAUCUGUUUUCAACAUAUUAGCAUGUUUGUAGAAGAUUGCUGAAGUUAAGUUGGAUUGAGAAAUGGGUGGAAUUAUCUAACAGCUCUGAGAAUUUUUUUUAAAAUGCUUUACGUAAAGUAAGAUUUCACACCCGAGGAUGACGCUGUUAAACAAAUCCUGCACAUGUUGUGUUAUUGGACGACUCAAUCUGACUUCGACAAGAGAACUAACUAAGGUCCUAUGUGCUGAACAUCUAACUGCUAACAGACAAAAUGAAGAGGUGUAUAAUCAGAGAGGACCACAUGGAAUAGAUUUUAAAGGCUCAUUAACCUCAAAAAGGUGUGUUUGGAUUUUCCCUGCCCAGAUGUUUUUGGUUAUUUAUGUUUCCUUUCAUGUGAAGUGUUAAAUCACUGUACAAAUUCCCCACAAGUUGUUUUUUCCUUCUAAUAUUUUUACAUUCUUUUGCUAUUUUGGGGGAAGGUUUUGUUGUUAUUCCUUCAACCAUCCAUCUACCUCACUGUUUUUUUUUCUUUUUCAAUCUUUAUACAGGAAAAAAAAACAUUUCAUCUCUGUUGUUCGGCUGAGUGCUGUUGAUAAGGUCAAAUUCAAACCACAAACCAAACCAUUCUCAGAUCAUAAAGACGAGUUCUGUAACUCUUCUCUUGGGCUUAGAAUAGAUGAGAAGGCUGGUUUUAUUUCUCGGAUGCUCGGGUGUGAGAGGAGCUGGAAGAAGGAAGGAAGUGCGGCCCUGCUUUGAGAGGCGGCAGCGUGUUCCUCCCCUGUGGUUAAAGGCUCCUCACCUCCUCCCUUUCUCCCGCUCCCCUCUCCCUCCCCUCCCCCCACUACUUUGAAGUGUAGUUGCAGUUUGUGGCUCUCAUGUGUUGCCAUUACUUUAUUACAUGCAUCUGUUUUUUGGGGGGGGGUCCUUUGCCUGACAAGAAAAUACAUUUUCCAAAUUGCUACUGUAUAUCCUGUCUAGGUAGCUGGGACAUGAUAUCUUCCUUUCUUUUUCUUUUUCAACAACAAAAUGUAAACAUUUUAUUUUGUAAAGAAACAACUGAACAUAAAUAUAAACAAAUACAGCUGAUACAAACUUUCAAUUUAGUUUUUUUGUUGCACAAAUUCAAGUAAGACAUUUCUGGAUACUAUAUAUAUUUGGAUCAGGAAACAGUGGUUUAACUUGAGAAAAGGCUCUAGUAUGUGAGGAGCUAGAUUCAGAUGUUUUAUGUUUUUUUCCCCCUCCUCCUCUUUGUUUUUUUACCACCAUUACAGGAUUUACAGGUGCUGUUCCUUGUGCCUAGACCUGUUGCCAUGGUGAUCAUAAUCCCAGGAAAAAAGCAUCCUUACUAUUCUCUCUCUCUCUUUUAUUAUUUUUUUUUCACAAGUCUUCUUCACACCCUCACAGGGCAGCCUUGUAAUGUCAGGCUGGGAGUCUCAGUGAUAUGAGUCCUCUGGUCCAGUCCGCCCACAGCAGCAGACUGUGGUGGUCUUGUGCCGGUUUGAACUGACGUGAUGAGGUCAGGAUGGGUUUUCGCUGUUUGUGGUCUGAUUUUUGCCUCACUUAUACCACUGGAACACCUCACAGAGCGGACAGAAAAUCAAACAAAUCUCUUCUUUCUUUUUCUUUUGUUACAUCGAUGGCCAAUUUGUUACCAAGAUUUUGAUGUGUGUAAAUUAUUCAUAGCCUUCCAGCUCUUUUCAACUGCAAUGAUCUGUUAGACGAAAGUUUGAUUUUUUUCUUUUGUACAUGCUGUUGUAAGAAUUUUUCCUGUUAUCAAUAUAAUCUGAGUACUGGGGAAAUGAUUGGCUGAAGGAAGAGAAUGUCUGUUUCUCUGAUUCUUUUUUUCUACAUGAGAUUUAAGAUGAAUUAAAAUGUAUGCAAACUG